UCACCAUCACUUCCAUUGCAAAAAGAAUCAUCACCACAACGUUACACUCUUGCAUUUCCAUCAAUUAAAGCUGAUCUCCAUCAUUCUACCAUUGCACUAAAUUAUGUCGGAACUUAUAAGAUUCGGUUCUGAAGACGAACAGUACACUGGACAAGCACAAGCAACCCAUAUGCUGAAGUACUUCCAGCGCUUUCUUAGAGAGACCGGCCCUCUGGAGUUUCAGACCAGAACAUGGGUCGGACCGUGUUCAAGAUUGUUUUACGGCUUUAGUAUUAUACUUUUAUUCACAAGUAUCUACUCAACAUUCACCACUCAAAACUUCGCACCAUCAAGCACUUUCAAAGUCCUAGGAGGAUACCUGGGAGCACUCUUCCUCAUGCGGCGUGCGGGUAGGCUUUGGCGGGCGAAUCGCCUUAUUCACGAAACCGAGAGAGAAAUUCAGCUGAAUGAAGUGGGGUUUCAGAAGCAUGAACUUGAGAAGCUGGCCAAGGAAAUCAACGACAUAUUCUACAACGUCUUUUUCCUUGAGAUGGAGUAGAGAGUGGUGAGUGAGGGUGGUGCAGGGAGCUGCUAUCACGGAACGGCACCAUCGGUCCAUCCACACCUUCCUCGUUGGGCAUAGUCGCUACCGGGGGCCACGCCUGAACAGGGGCCGCUGGAAAAGCAACUCGGAAGUCAGCGAGACGGACGCUGUGGCUGUGGCUUUUUGGCUGGGCGACUGGGUCCCAGAUUCGGACCUUUUGUCGACGACUCCUCCCCAAGAUCCAUAAUGGGGGAGCAUCAUCCGGUCUUCAGUGCGACAUACCUAAGGUAGUACGGAGUACAGACUCAUCAGAGACUACUACUAAGUUAGUAGUAUGCACAUAUGGCAUGUAUGUAGUACGCAAGAAACCUCUGCGCUCGCUCCUCUACUAGCAUUGCGUGGCCUCUUUCC